AUGCCGUUGUUCGGUUCAUCAUCAAAAUCGAGGUCGAAAUCGCCUCUAUCAUUCCUAGCCCGACAUAAAAAGGGUUCACCUCCUCCCACGACAGCCUCUGUAAGCCCUCAUCUGGAGCCUCCACCAGCUUACACUCCGGUCUCAACUACUUCAGCAACAGCUCCAAGCUGCUCCGCUUCAGAAAGCCCUAUAACAGCAUCUUCGGACCAGGCGGACUCGUUUCUCUCUCAGUUUGAUACUGUAUUUCUCAUAGAUGACAGCGCGAGCAUGCAUGGAGCGAGCUGGCAAGCGACUGAGAACGCACUGGCCAAGAUCGCCCCCAUAUGUACGGCUCGUGACAAGGACGGAGUAGAAAUAUACUUCCUUAACCACCGCUCAGGUUCAGCGAACGGAGCGUACUCCAACGUCAGGGACACAGGGCAUGUGCGCGAGGUGUUUACGGCCGUGACCCCAUCCGGCGGGACUCCAACUGGGACCAGGCUCAUGCAUAUCCUGAAACCGUACCUGAAGGGGUUCGAAGAAGCGUCUAAGAGCAUGACAUCUGAUGAACGAGACCGUGUUGUCCGGCCACUCAACAUCAUCGUCAUCACCGACGGCGUCCCCACCGACGAUGUCGAGAGCGUUAUCAUCCUGGCAGCGAAGAAGCUGGACAAACUCAACGCCCUCCCAUGGCAGGUGGGGAUCCAGUUCUUCCAGGUUGGAGAUGAUCCAGAGGCUGCCGAGGACCUGAGGGGGCUGGAUGACGCACUGGCUGGCCAGAAUAACAUCCGUGAUAUGGUCGAUACAGUGCCUUGGGACAAUACACAGGCCGGCGGCGGGCUUGACGCUGAUGGGGUGUUGAAGGUCGUCCUUGGUGCCGUGCACAAGAAGUAUGAUAGAAGAAACGCGACCGGAGGACGGCAGCGAUAG